AGCUGCCUCGCGCGCGGGUGCGGGGCCCGCCACUCGCUCCGCCGAAGGAGUCCGGAAGCCAGCUCCACGCCGGCGCCAGGCCGGGCAGGGGGACGCAGCAUGGCAGCGGGGGUGGCGGCCUGGCUGCCCUUCGCGCGGGCGGCGGCCAUCGGGUGGAUGCCAGUGGCCAACUGCCCCAUGCCCCUCGCCCCCGCCGACAAGAGCAAACGGCAGGAUGAACUGAUCGUCCUCAACGUGAGCGGCCGGAGGUUCCAGACCUGGCGGACCACGCUGGAGCGCUACCCCGACACGCUGCUGGGCAGCACGGAGAAGGAGUUCUUCUUCAACGAGGACACCAAGGAGUACUUCUUCGACCGGGACCCGGAGGUGUUCCGCUGCGUCCUCAACUUCUACCGCACGGGGAAGCUGCACUACCCUCGCUACGAGUGCAUCUCGGCCUACGACGAGGAGCUGGCCUUCUACGGCAUCCUCCCCGAGAUCAUCGGCGACUGCUGCUACGAGGAGUACAAGGACCGCAAGAGGGAGAACGCCGAGCGGCUCAUGGACGACAACGACUCAGAGAACAACCAGGAGUCCAUGCCCUCACUCAGCUUCCGCCAGACCAUGUGGCGCGCCUUCGAGAACCCGCACACCAGCACGCUAGCCCUGGUCUUCUACUAUGUGACGGGCUUCUUCAUCGCCGUGUCAGUCAUCACCAACGUGGUGGAGACGGUGCCGUGUGGCACGGUGCCCGGGAGCAAGGAGCUGCCGUGCGGAGAGCGCUACUCGGUGGCCUUCUUCUGCCUAGACACGGCCUGUGUCAUGAUCUUCACCGUGGAGUACCUGCUCCGGCUCUUCGCAGCACCCAGCCGCUACCGCUUCAUCCGCAGUGUCAUGAGCAUCAUCGACGUGGUGGCCAUCAUGCCCUACUACAUCGGCCUGGUCAUGACCAACAACGAAGACGUGUCCGGAGCCUUUGUCACCCUCCGGGUCUUCCGCGUCUUCAGGAUCUUCAAGUUCUCGCGCCACUCCCAGGGCUUGCGGAUCCUGGGCUACACGCUCAAGAGCUGUGCCUCCGAACUUGGCUUCCUCCUCUUCUCCCUCACCAUGGCCAUCAUCAUCUUUGCCACUGUGAUGUUUUAUGCCGAGAAGGGCUCCUCCGCCAGCAAGUUCACCAGCAUCCCUGCCUCUUUUUGGUACACCAUUGUCACCAUGACCACCCUGGGAUAUGGAGAUAUGGUGCCCAAGACAAUUGCAGGGAAGAUUUUUGGCUCCAUCUGCUCCCUGAGUGGUGUCUUGGUCAUUGCCCUGCCAGUCCCUGUGAUCGUGUCCAACUUCAGCCGGAUUUACCACCAGAAUCAGAGAGCCGAUAAACGCAGGGCACAGAAGAAGGCCCGCCUUGCCAGGAUCCGCGUGGCCAAGACAGGCAGCUCCAAUGCCUAUCUGCACAGCAAGCGCAACGGACUCCUCACGGAGGCACUGGAGCUGAUGGGCACCCCAGAGGAGGAGCACAUGGGCAAGACCACUUCGCUCAUUGAGAGCCAGCACCACCAUCUGCUACACUGCCUGGAGAAAACCACUGGGUUGUCCUAUCUUGUGGAUGAUCCCCUGUUAUCUGUACGAACCUCCACCAUCAAGAACCACGAGUUCAUAGAUGAGCAGAUGUUUGAGCAGAACUGCAUGGAGAGCUCGAUGCAGAACUACCCAUCCACAAGAAGUCCUUCGCUGUCCAGUCACCCGGGCCUCACGACCACCUGCUGCUCCCGUCGUAGCAAGAAGACCACACACCUGCCCAACUCCAACCUGCCAGCCACUCGCCUGCGCAGCAUGCAAGAGCUCAGCACCAUCCACAUCCAGGGCAGUGAGCAGCCCUCCCUCACGACCAGGCCACUUCCCACGACCUCCAAUGAGUCGCAAGGAAUUCAGGGAAAACAAAAGUCAAAUGCCACAAAUGAUAGUCGCUCCAGCCUUAAUUUGAAAGCAGACGACGGACUGAGACCAAACUGCAAAACAUCCCAGAUCACUACAGCCAUCAUCAGCAUCCCCACCCCCCCAGCUCUAACCCCAGAGGGGGAAAGUCGGCCAGCCCCCGCCAGCCCCGGCCCCAACACGAACAUUCCUUCCAUAGCCAGCAAUGUUGUCAAGGUCUCUGCCUUGUAAACCAUUGGACAGAGGGCCAGUGCAGGGAGUGAGGGUGAAGGGGGCUGGCCUGCAGGUGGGCAGCCACCGGCACCACUCCCCCACCUUCCCCACUCUCUCUGCCUGCCCUGUCACACCCCUAGCACUGACAACUUGUGCCUGGAAGGAAAAAGGAGGUGGCAAAGGGGCACCUGAGGUUCACCGCUGCUGGCGGGGACAUGGACAACGGCCGGGCCCUGUGAUCCUGCACCUCGCUGGGGCCAGAGGAAGGGAGGGUAGUAAGGGACGGGGUGGCAGUGGGUGAUAUGGAGGCAGCGUGCCAGGGCAGGGCCUGGAAGGGGGAGUUGCCUCAGACCCAAGAACAGCUGUUUUUGGAGACCCUGGUGAGGAAAAUACAAGAUCAAGGGCAGCACAGGGGCCGAGUUGUCACAUGCAAAACAGGAAGAAAAUAUAACACUGUGUAUUUAAGCACCUUUUUCAAGGCUCUUAAUGGAUAAUAUUUAUUCAUGGGAAAAGGUGGAAAACAAAACACCAACGGAUUUUUGUGAAAUAUUUUUCUCCAUGGACCCAAUACCUUUGAACCAAAACAA